UCCGCACGCCGUCAAUCAGAACUCAAAAAAGUUACGAACUUUUGAACGCGUUUAUCGUAAUAUUCAUGUAAAGGAAUUUAAAAAUUUAAAAUGAACGAUAAAUAUAUUCCUAACUAAUGAAAUAAGUGAAGUUAAAAAUUAUUAGGAAGACUAUUUUUUUAUGAAUUAAAAUGUACUUAUAGUUAAUAAUAAAAAUGGCGGCCGAAAGGUAUCUGUGGUUAGCUACUGCUCUGCUUCGGCUGUGGCUGGGGGCUGGCGAUUUAUGUUACGCUCAGUCCACGCUGCUCUCCUUCCAAGACCUGCUGCCUGAUGACCCUAGACUGUAUGACAAGAUGAGACCCCCAAAGAAGGAUGACCAGCCAACCAUCGUGAACUUCCACGUCACUGUCAUGGGACUUGACUCGAUCGACGAGAAUUCCAUGACAUACGCUGCUGAUAUAUUUUUUGCCCAAACAUGGAAAGACUUUCGUCUAAGACUACCUGAAAACAUGACAACAGAAUAUAGGCUGUUAGAAGUGGACUGGCUGAAGCACAUGUGGCGGCCAGACUCCUUCUUUAAGAACGCGAAGUCUGUUACCUUCCAGACCAUGACCAUACCAAACCACUAUGUCUGGCUUUAUAAGGAUAAAAGCAUUUUGUACAUGGUGAAGCUGACGCUGAAAUUGUCCUGUGCUAUGAACUUCCUCAUCUACCCUCACGAUACUCAAGAAUGUAAACUGCAAAUGGAGAGCUUGUCCCAUACAACAGACGACAUGAUAUUUCAAUGGGACCCCGAAGUACCGCUGGUGGUGGAUGAGAACAUAGAACUGCCCCAACUAGAGCUGGUGCAGAAUAGGACAGCUGAUUGCACGCAAGUCUACUCUACUGGUAACUUUACAUGCCUAGAAGUGAUCUUCAAACUGAAACGUCGCCUGGGUUACCACCUCUUCAACACCUAUAUACCAACUUGUCUCAUCGUGAUAAUGUCCUGGGUGUCUUUCUGGAUUAAGCCGGACGCUGCGCCCGCGCGUGUGACACUCGGCGUGACCUCAUUGCUAACACUUUCCACUCAGCACGGGAAAGUUCAGUCCCAGCUUCCGCCGGUGUCGUAUUUAAAAGCUGUUGAUGCUUUUAUGUCCGUAUGUACUGUUUUUGUGUUCAUGGCACUGAUGGAGUAUUGUCUGGUCAACAUCAUACUUGAUGACGGCGGGAGAAAACCAAAGGAACCAGCUGAAGCGGCCAAAGCGAAACUGCGUGCUAUCAACAUUGAUCGGUUUUCCCGAGUUUUCUUCCCUCUUCUUUUCUCUGUACUAAAUGCAACAUACUGGAUCCAAUUCGCCCAAUACAUAUGAUUAAUUAGAUUUCUAUUAACAUUCGAGUGGUCAAAUGACAGAAUUAAAGCAGGCGUUAUCAAGUCAGUAAGAAUUAUGAAAUUUAGACGUUUUAUCUUACUUUGGGGCCAUUGCUAUUGGGGCGUUUAUAGUAAGGAGAAUCUUUCACAGUGUGGAGGGAUUUUUUCCUAAUUGCAGCAUCGCAUUGGUACUCUUACUGCACAUUACUUAGAAAAUAUUCUUCCUUAUAAGAACUUUAGUGCUCGAUUUUGAUUCAAGACCCCGACAAGUAACUACCGUAUAGUUUUAAAAGAAAAUUAUCACUUACUAAAAACACUGAGAUUAGAGAGGAUCUCGAAUCACUUCUCGUACUUUAUGAAAUCUCUUAUAGUGGCAUCUUCUUGCGAAGAUUGGCGAUCAUGGUUACUUUUUGGAUGCCGCACUGGGUGGAAUUGGUGAACUGGCCCUGUCUUUCUGAUUGUUUAAUAUUAAUCUCUGAAACCCACCGUAGAUUGCUUUAUUUUUAUGAAUUACUGAAUGCAGAAUGAAAUGGUGACUAUUAUUUAUAAGUAAGUUAGGUUGAGUGACUUAACGAUAACUACAAUAAAAAUUUGUUACUACGAAAAUACAAAAGUACAGUAGUGCCGAUUGAUAAAAUUUUGAUUCUCUAGAACGUGUUAUGUAACUAAAGCAUAGUGUAGUGUAGUUCCCCUUUAAAAUACUAUCUAAAAAGUAGAAAAUUCUAUAAUGUUACAAUGAGUUGAUUAGUAUAAGGCCUUGCUUAGAAAUCUGUACCUUAUAAUUUUACCUUAGUUAAAUCUUUGAAGUGACAAAGUGGAGAAACUUCUAGAAAUCCUAGACCGUGUAGCGCCUAGUUCUCUAUACAUUUUUUUAAAAUUCUAAUAUGCUUAAAUUGUUGCAACAUCACAUUAUGUAAGAAUUAAUGAAUAAAUUAAAAGAUUAUAAAUAUAGUUAUAUAUUAUAAAUCAAAUUUAAUAGUAUUUUAACCAAAAAAACAGGGGGCUUACUGGCUCCGUCCACUUUAACCAAAGGCUCGCGAUUGCAUGGCCGGCCUAUUAGCAAUCGGUUCGAUCUUUACGUUCGUUAGCUAAAUUUAAAGUAUGUUACGUAUGUCACACAAAAUGACGAUUUACUCGUAUAUCAUGUAUAUAAGAGAUACAAUUCUAUAUACCUUUACUAUAAGUCUCAAAUUAAAUAGAAUGCAAAGGAAUUGUUUUUAAUUACACCUAUUUUACUAUAGCCACAAAAAUUUUGUUAAAUCAUAGUUUACGUAUCUAAUUUUAUUGUUCCAUCAGAUUCUAGAUCAAAUAAAAUUAAACUUCUAAAAUUUUUACCUUAUCUUGAGUAAUAGAUUAUAAAUACUAUAACAAUGUUUCUUUUUUCUUAGUGGGCAGUAAUUUUAAAACUGUAUAGAUAGUCAAAUGUCACUUGUGAUUUAUUGAAAUAGAUUAUAAUCUAAACAGAUAAUUCUAUUUCCUAUGUAACAGUUAGAUAUCGUUAUGAAAUAACCUAACGUAGAUAAUGUUAAAGUUAUAUUAUAGUUUAUUUUGUUUUUAAA